CCACGUCAUUUUAUUUUGACCUUUCAAACUGUUUUUCAUAACGAACGAGAAAUAAUACCCAUCAAAAACCGCGUGUGUUUAGUUACAAUGCGAGUAACCACGCGUGCGUUCGACAUCAAGUAUACUUUUUUUUUAUUGCCACAUGUAACGCACGUGUCGUCCGGUUCCUGGAACUGCAACAACAUUAACCUUUAAUAUGCCAGAGAGCUUAGAGUGAGGCCUAUGAAAAUGAUCGAUAAAAAAAUAAACAUCUGAGGCGAACUUCACGAAAAAUAUUCACGAUAUCGCACUAUUCCCCGCUAACUGUUUCAAAACGAGUGAAAUGUAAACGAGGGAUUAAAUCGCACCCCGCUCCGGUCCGAGAAUCCAUGGCGUGUUUUCCACGCGCCAGCUCCAUGUUUUGACUACCACCGCCAACAGCAACACAGCGAACCCUACCAACACAGAGCCGUUGCGCUUGCAAUCCCCUUGGUGUUUUUCAACAAAAUGGCUGAUUUAGGGGAUGAUACCGGAGCGAGAGCCCUACUGGCCCUCAGAUCUGCGCCUUGUAGCCCGGGGGCUGUUUCUGUCCCGCCCGUGUACACUUUCUCCUCCUCGACUUCGACCGGGAUCACAUCAUCCAUGUCCCUCUCCCCUCCGUCGCAGGCCCUCGCUCGCCUGGAAGGCAGGGACUUCGAGUUCGCCAUGCGCCAAAGGACGGUGACCGUGGGGCGGAAUUCGUCGCACGGCUCCGUGGAUGUCAACAUGGGCCACUCGAGCUUCAUUUCCAGGAGACAUCUGCAGAUCACCUUCGAGGAGCCGCACUUCUACCUGCGCUGUCUCGGCAAGAACGGUGUGUUUGUCGAUGGCGUUUUCCAGAGGAGAGGCGCACCUCCACUUCUCCUGCCGAGGGAGUGCACAUUUCGAUUUCCCAGUACGGUGAUAAAGAUUCAGUUUACGGCGCUGUACCACAAGGAGACACAGAAGGAGGAGGCUCCUGUGUCCCCCGUGAGACCCCUUUACCCACAAAUCUCUCCACUGAAAAUCAGCAUUCCUGAAAAUGACUUCAGAACUAUGAUGAGUCCCCUGCCUUCACCGACAGGAACUAUUAGCGUUCCCAAUUCCUGCCCAGCGAGCCCUCGGGGGGCAGGUUCCUCGGGAUAUCGCUACGGGCGCAACAUCACCUCAGAUCUCCAGCUGGCAGCAGAGUACGCAGCCAAAGCUGUGUCAGAACAGUGCACUGAAGCCACAGGAGGAGAUAGUCCUAAGGAUGAGUCCAAACCUCCAUACUCGUACGCUCAGCUGAUAGUCCAGGCUAUCUCGUCUGCACCGGACAGACAGCUAACACUAAGUGGCAUCUACGCUCACAUCACCAAGCAUUAUCCCUACUACAGGACGGCCGAUAAAGGCUGGCAGAACUCCAUUAGACACAACCUAUCCCUGAACCGCUACUUUAUUAAAGUUCCGCGCUCACAGGAAGAGCCAGGCAAAGGUUCAUUCUGGCGUGUGGACCCCUCAUCAGAGUCCAAGUUGGUGGAGCAGGCCUUCAGAAAGCGCCGGCAGAGAGGAGUGUCCUGCUUCCGCACACCCUUCGGCCCGCUGUCUUCAAGGAGUGCUCCAGCAUCUCCCACCCACUCCGGCCUCCUCUCUCCACACUCGAGUGGCCUCCAGACCCCUGAGUGUCUGUCACGCGAAGGAUCACCAGUGUCUCAUGAGCAUGACUUUGGUUCUAAGCUUGCUUCUGUGCCCGAGUACCGAUACUCCCAGAGUGCACCAGGCUCUCCAGUGAGCGCUCAGCCUGUAAUCAUGGCUGUACCACCUCAGUCCUCAGCCGCGAUGCCCAAGCCUGUGGCUUACAUGCCUGCCUCCAUCAUUAGCUCCUCCCAGGCCUCUGGUCAGGCCAUCCAUGUGGUGCAGCAGGCGCCUGCUGUCACCAUGGUCCGUGUAUUGACAACCUCGACCAGCUCCCCCAAUGGCUACAUCCUGGCUAACACCACCUCAUCAGGCUCUGGAGAGGGACAUGGAGAUCAAAGAGGUGCAGUGGAGGAGAUGCCUGUGGUUGGCAGUAGAGUGAUUCAUGCUGUAGGGAGUCACAUAAGCUCGGCCAAUAGGGGGCAGCAGAGCUACACUGUUGUCCAGCAGAGCGCCAUUCACCAGCUUCCUGUGCAGACCAUUGCUCAGAAUGGCAAACAGCUUCCUGUCACCAGUGCUUACGCUCUCACCAAUCCUCUUCAGAUCUUGGCUGCGCAGGCUUCAACAUCCCCACCUGUGCUGGUCAACAGGCCCUCCAGCAUGAAAACCAACGAAUCCAGCAUCGACGAGCCCGAGCCCAAACGGCCCAAAAUGGAGGAGGACAGUGUCGCUCCGGUCCCUCAGCCUGUAAUUGUUGCAAUGAACCAAGAGGCCAGCGAAUGAACGAGUGAGUGCGCGAGCGAGUGAGCCGACGACCGAUCUUUAAAGCACAUCUCGCAAUGUCGUUAAACAUAUUGAGGGAAACGUGUUUGGUUUUCUUUAAAACAAGAACUUCAACGUUUUGUAAACGCCUGACACGGGUGACUGUUCGAAUGUCUUUAUAAGAAAAGGUUGUUGUUUCAUGAGAGUAAAUUCAUUGAGCUACAUCUGGCAGCAUUAAAAUUCAAUGCUCACACAGUUUUAAUUUUGUAGGGGUUUUUUAAUCUUGUAAGAAUGUUGGAAAGAAGUAUGAAGAGAGGUACACGUGCUUAAAGACACCAGCUAGGCAUGUGUGCCCAGGUAGUUCCUCACAAGGUACAGCUGAGAGAGUUCUUCUUUUCGGGACGGGGUGGGACCAAUACCUAUGCAGCUAUUACAGUCUGAAAUGAAGCAGUAUAUAAAAAGGGUCACGGGAAGCUGUGCGUUCCUUGCAGGUACCCGUGUGGCCUUUGUGAGGAUUUAUUUAUCUCUCUGUUUAAAAGAAAAAAGGUUGUCUUUAAUUAAAUAAGAUUGUUACAACUCAAAGCGGAAAUGAAUAGAUAUAACAGAGGCCUUUUCUAGCUGGAGUCCUUUAACCUGCAUUAUUAUAGUGUACAAUAUAUUUUUCUGUGGAGGAUUCUUACCUUUCUUGCUUACUACAAAGAGAAAUGUCUAGAAAAAUUCUAAUUUCUUAAUUGGUCUAUGUUUAGCGCAAAAAUUAAAAAGAACUCAAUGAAUGUAAGUACCAUUUGUUUGUUUAUUUGUUUUGACUCCUGACACCCACUUUUGACCUUAACAAUAUAUUAAACCAUUAGAAUGUGUAUGUAGAUACAUUUUUGAUGUUUUGUGUAGCUCAGUCGUAUCUGUCCAUCCCGGUUAGCACUUGGCCGAAAUUCUGCUCCCUUAAUAUCUUAAGCAACAUCAACGGAUGAAUGCAAGCACAUGAUACGUUGCUGAUGUCAACCAAAUGCUUUUCCAGACCUAGGAAUGUAACUGUUCAUAUUGAUUGUUUCUCCACUGACUUCCCGUGAUCACUAAAUCACAGAAGCCACUAAAUGAAUGUUCAGUAUUUUCAAGAAACUUGUUUCUAAGUAAUAUAAACAAAGUCAGCCUUUUAAUGAGACUUGCUAGUUUUACUAAGAGAAGAGUAAAUAUAUAUUGUUAGAAUGAUUCAAAUGUGUUUUCAAGACAAUCACUAACAGGAUUCAGUUCAGUGACCGCUUUGUAUGAUGCAAAUUACAGUAGCUUUACGUGAGCUAGCGAUAGCUUCUUUGUAUACUAGUGAAGUUGAACAGUGACAGCCGUACAGUGUUCCUUUUGUAGUAGAAAUCGAAAUUUUAACAGACCAAAUACAUAUCCUCAUCAUUAGUGCCUUAGUGCUCCACUUCUUUCAGGACUAAAUAAAAUAGAAAUCAUUAUGAUGUACUACUUAAAGAUAAACCACAUCAAACUCACCUACUAAGAAGUUAAUUUGCAGGUUUAAAUGAACACAUCUUGUAUGAAAAAAGGAACAACAGGAUCCUGCCUGUGUAAUAAUGUUUAGAACCUUAGAAGAAAAGGUGAGAUGAUGAAUUAUAUUGUGACUGAAAUUGACUGAGCAAUAUGAUAAAAGUACACAGGAAAUGAAAUCUAGAUGUUCUUUCUUUUUUGACCAGUGAGGUUUUGUACCAUUUGCAAGCUUUUAUUGAUUCAGAACUUCUUAUAGCUCAGUAGACUAAUGUAUAAAUCAAGAGGAAUCUGUUAGUAAACAGAAAUGUCUAUUUGUGGAUUUAAAGGAACAGUUCACCCAAAAAUGAAAAUUUGCUGAAAAUUUACAGACUCUUGGGCCAUCGAAGAUAUCUUCAUCUGAACAGAUUUGGGGAAAUUUAACAUUACAUUACUUGCUCAGCAAUGGAUGCUCUUGCAGUGAAUGGGUGCCGUCAGAAUGAAAGUCUAAGCAGCUGAUAAAAACAUUACAGUAAUGCACAAGACUCCAGUCCCUCGAUUAAUGUCUUGUGAAGUGAAAAGCUGUGUUUGUGUAAGAAACAAUUUCAUCAUUGAGAUGAAGUUUUAACUUCAGACUGUUUCUUGUGGCUAUCCAUAGUCCUCUAUCGAUUAUAUUGCUUUCCCCAGAGAAAGUCAGCAAGUGAUGUAAUGCUAAAUUCCUCCAAAUCUGUUCAGAUGAAGAAACAAACCAAGAAGAAGAAAUCUUGGAUGGCCUGAGGGUGAGUAGAUUUUCACCAAAUUUUCAUUUUUGAUUCAGCUGUUCCUUUGAAAGCUUUGAAAGAACAUUUGGAUUCAAAUGAUGCCGAUAUCAGCGCAAAAACAUAAAGAUUGAUCUUAAUUAGUCUGAUUGGAUAUGGCUCGUUGUUUCAUGUAUUCAAGUGGGCUUCAAUAAACACAAUAAAUGAGAGAAACACUAUUCCAUUUAAAGUAUAUUUUUAUUUAAAAAUCAAGAACAAAGUUUUGAUUUGCCUGACAAAUGAAAGCAAUCCAUGUGUACAUGUUUUUUUCUCUCUCUCUUUCCCUUUAGAUCAUUAUGGAGUAACCAGUAGAAUGGUGAAACAAACAUUGUCAUUGUUAACACACUUAUUGUACAGAAUUAGCUGUCACUGCCUAAAUGGGUUUUCAUAUUUUUUGUUUUCACAAUCUGUCACAGUGUCUGUACGCAUAUAUAACCAUGGAGUAUUUUUAUCACAAAGAUUCAAAGAUUUUUUUUUAUAAUUUCUUUUUGUGCUUCUUGUGUUGUGCAUAUUAGCAUAUGCAAGUGUUUUACACUAAACAUUUCUAAUUUAAACUGAUGUAGGUUUUCUCUCUCUCUCUUUUGACUCUAUUUAAAAGAUAUAAUCUGUUUGCAUUGUACACAAAACACCCCACAAAUCAGUGAGAUCAUGCCAUGCAUCUGUGAAUGCCUCUAGGUUUGUCUGUUGUUUUUUUUAUGUGUAUUCAACUACACAAAGUGUAUGAGGACUUUUCUUCUGUCUAUGCAUUUUAUGCAAUGGUGUAUCUGGAACAAAAAAAUACUUCACUGGCUAAUCUUUUACAUGAAUCGGUGAUGAUGGCAUUUUCUGUUUUGAUUCCACUUGGAUGAAGGUUUAAGCAUUGCUUUGAAUGUCUGCCCCUUCACCAUCAUUUUGUUUCUUUUAUCAUUCAUGUAAUUUAUUUUCAUGUCUUUAUUGUAUUCAGGGUACCUAGCUUGAUUCUGUUUCUCAAUUUUUCACAAUUUGCUUCCAAGUUGUAUUGCAUUAACACUCUUUAUAACCAUGUGCUCCAAAACUCUGUCCCUGCCUGAGCAGAACUCUUGAAUAUGCUGGAAUGUUAACAACAAACUAUUAAAAAGUUUGAACUACAAAGUUUCAA